AAUGCUGCUGACGUAACGAUGAAUCAGGAAAACCAGCCACUGUGUCGGCCUACUUCCAGAUCUAGAAUCCAGUAAUAGUUGAACGGAUUUAUGACAAGCUAUUUUAAGAACUUCCCAUUAGACUUAGGCUGCGGUUACACUAUACGUCGGCAGUCCGAAUUUCUGUUUCUGACAACACGGCCGAACAACUGGAAAGCAAACAAAAAGUAUAACCCAGUUCUAUUGGUUACACUAGAUCCGAACUGAUCGUCCGAGUCGUCAGACUACGUCAGGCGCCUGAUGAGGAACUUAAAAUUUUGUUUCUGUUCUGACGGAAAACACAUUCUGAUGAAAAUUUAUCUGGCAGGGAUAAACAAAAUAUAAAAUGGAGGACUUCAGUUUGAACAGAAAGUUGUAGUAUUUGACACAGAGAAGCUGAUUUUUACUUAUUCAAGAGAGAAAAGUAAAGGUCUGAAAUAGCCGAUUAACUCGGAUGUACAAGUGCACAAGCAAAACCCAAGUGGAAAAACCUGCUUGAUACAUUUAGAAAGGAGCAUAUCAAGAUUAGCAACAAAAGAGUAACUGGCAGUAUAGCUCCAAACAAACCAUGGACAUUAUAAUCAAUUAUCCUUUAUGAAUGAUUGUUUCGCUUCCAAGCAAACGAUAAGCAGCAUACAGAUACCUUCAACUUCAAUUCAGUAUCGAGUGAAACCAUUGUUUAAAAGAUAUUUUAUUUUUGAUGACACUGAUUCAAAUUGUAUUCAAGUUGUGGAAGAAGCAAUUGCUAAAGAUCCUGACCCAGGAUUAAUUAAUUUUGUGUUAUGCCUGAAUAAAAAAAUUAAUUGAAAAGUGUAUGUUGUUUACUGUUUUAUUAUUUUUAAGAGGUCUUCAAAUGCAGGCCUAAACUGUAAUGGAGAAUUACCUAUACCAGUAGUUAAAAUAAUAAUUCAAUGAGGCCUGUGUCUUAUGAGAUGUAUUUCUAAUGAUCAUGCUAUUUAAACAUGUUUUACAGAUUUGCUUAAUAAAUUAAAACAAUGAAUAACGCUUUUUAAAUGAUCAAAAACCAAUACCAUUUUAGUUUGUAACAAUCUAACAUGUAACUGACAUUGAGUUAGAAAAUUAAGUCUAACUAGUAGGCCUAACUGGUGGAAAUGGUGGAGGCCCUAUGUUCUAUAAGGAGCAAGUAGGACUAAGUCAAAGUUAGUCAAGUAGGCCUAACUAGUAGGAAUUAUUGAUAUUGAUCAGGUGAUUCGGCCAAUGAUUAUAUUCUUAUCUAUGAAUAAUAUAAAUAAAACAAACAUAACAACAAAAAAAGAAGUUUAUUUCAAUUAAAUAUCAAAUUCAACAUGUUUCAUAAUACUUCAGAUGGUGUCUUCAGUCUUCAAAAGCCUUGGCACAUUGCUGCUGUUGGUAAUGGUACAUGCUUUUUAGUGUGGCAUCUCCACAUAAUAUCACAUGUCUCAUAGAUAAUUGUGGUGAUAGGUGAAUGGACAGUUCGAUAUUAGUAGGCCAAUACAGUUGUAGUGAGGGGCCUAUCUGUAAAUGAAAUUAUUUUAAUUUAGCACUAAAAGCAGGCCAGAACAUAGAAUCAAGACCUUAUAGUUAUAGAUUAGAUCUACUCCCCACUACUGAGGUAUUGCAACCAAAUUUAUAGCUUAGAUUUUACUUGUUUUAAAUGUAUAGAUUACAUAGAACACAUAAUUGUAAUAAUUAAUGGUAUUUAGAAUAGGCCUUACUCAACUAACUGUAACAAAAUAUCUUAUUUAAUAAGAAUUAACUGUACAAAGACACUUGCCUCAAUGUCAAAGCCAAGCGUUUCUUUGGAGAAAUACAUUUCCGAUAUGAUUUUUUCUUUCCUUUUCAUUAAGCAAAAUAAUCUUAGAAGCAUCAUUGUUUUCUGCUAAAAUAUGAAUCUGCAUUUGUUCGUCGAUUUUUUGUAUUGAAACCAAUGCCUGCCGGUAGUCAGACAUACGUUCUGACGGGCUACAGUGUAACCGCUGGGGCGCACCCCUCUUCGGCAGAUUGGACAACACCUGACGUCAGAUGAAAAAAUUCGGUCUGCCGACGGAUAGUGUAACCGCAGCCUUAGGCUUAAUAACUUGAAACAAAAUGGAUUAUCAAUAUAUUAGAAGUGGAUAAGCUGUAUUCUAUUAAUAUCAGUGUAAGUCACUGUACUACCCAUUCACCUGAAGGCUACCUCCACACCCUCAGCCAUGCUAAGAGCGGAGGAAGACGAAGAGGCACCUUUACUCAAAAAUAAACUCUGGAGAUCACUGACUAUCAGCGAUGAGGAUGAGCAAUACAAACAGAAAGAUACUGGCAGAGUGCAUGUAAAAUAUGAACCUAAGUUGACUGUCUUCAGCCCUUACAAGCUGUUCAUAGUUCUGUCCAUUUUGUUGGUGGAGAUGUGUGAAAGAAUGGCCUACUACGGUGUAGUUGCUAAUCUUGUCUUGUUUUGUACCAGUGUGUUAGACUACACUAGUAAUGAGGCUACAAACAUCAGUCUAAUUUUUACAGGCUCAGUUUAUCUAAUCCCUAUCAUUGGAGGCUUAAUAGCAGACUCAUGGUCUAAUAGAUUCAAUGUUAUAUUUGGAUCAGGACUCAUCUAUCUGUGUGGUUUGUUUCUGGUUGUCUGUGCUGCUAUAAACUACCAAAAUCUUUUCAAUGAUCCUGCCCAAGUACUCAGUAGUGAAAAUCGAAGAAUAUUUUACAUUGUUGGAUUGGUUUUGGUAGCUAUUGGUACAGGUGGAAUAAAAGCAAACGUUGGUCUUUUUGGAGCUCAGCAGGUUCAGGAUUUAGGCCCAGAGGCUGUUCAGACUUUCUUUAACUGGUUUUACUGGUUUGUCAAUGCUGGAGGGCUGAUAGCUUUUUCUGCCAUAGCACACGUACAGCAGAACAUCAGCUUCACUUGGGGUUUUUUCAUCCCUCUAGUUUCCAUGCUCCUGUCUCUUAUAAUCCUCAACGUUGCCAGAAAACACUACAUCUAUAAGUCUGGACAGGGAAGUGUAUUGAUCACCACCUUUAAAAUCUGUGGUCAGGCGUGUUGCAGAAAAUCCCCAGUGAUAGAUGGCAAGAGUCGUUUGUUUGACUCUGCACGCAAAGGGUAUGGUGGUGAUUUUGACAGCUUCACUGUUGAUGGUGUCAUAGCUGUGUUACGGCUUUUACCCAUCUUCUUCUUCGUCAUCAUGUUCUGGGCCAUAUACUCUCAGAUGCAGUCAACUUAUUUCCUUCAAGGGGAGAGAAUGGAUCUGAGUUUAGGGACAAUUCAGAUUCCAGUGGCUUUGCUCAAUGUAUUCAACACUAUUGCAGUUUUGUUGUCAAUUCCUAUUUUAGACAGAGUUGUAUAUCCAUGUUUUCAGCGUAUUGGUCGACCAAUGAGGUACAUGCAUAGAAUAGGCAUUGGUCUGGUGUUGUCUGCAUGUUCAGUGUUUGUAGCUGGGUGGGUAGAAAUUGAGAGGAAACAGGAGUUGGGUUUCAACCAAGUCGUUGGGGAGGAGACGUUUUAUGCUUCCAAUUUGACAGUCUUCCUGCAAGUGCCUCAAUUUAUGUUGGUGGGGGCUGGAGAGGCAUUUACAAACAUCGCAGGUCUAGAGUUUGCUUAUACGCAAGCACCCAAGAACCUUCAGGGACUGAUCAUGGGUGUGUAUCUAGCAACAAACGGUGUUGGGAACUAUGUUAGCACAGCUAUCAUUGCUAUUAUUGAGGCUUCAACUACGAGCGAUCCAUGGUUUCCAGAUGAUAUCAAUAAUGGCAAGGCGGAAUAUGUAUUUUUUGUAUUUGGAGGUCUGAUGGUUUUAUUUUUCUUGGGUUAUCUCCCUGCCGCCUAUACUUAUAAAUACCAGGAGUUUCUCACAGAUGAAGAAGCUGAGAAGAGAACAAAUGUUACCAAAUCAAAAUGGGACAAACAACACAAGAUGUUCGACCAAAGCAGUAUUACUAUAUUGUGAUACAAACAUAAUUACACUAUCCUAUUUUGUGUUUGUAUUAGAAACAUUUAUAGUGAUUAAGUGACUCCAAUUAUAAGAUUUAACUCAUUUCUUUAAUUGAUAAUGACUAUGGACUUGCUUAUGUUUAGUAUGUUUUCUAAUGCUUUAUUUAUUCCAGUUGCAGUGAUCCAGUUUUCAUCUACUAAUUUAUUGUACAUGUUAUUUCCAUGCUUGUUAUUUUUUUAAUGAAUGAAAACUGUUAGUUUUCUUCAUUGAAAAUAAGCCAUCCCUGUGACUUGUUUGAAUGUAUUUUAUGUGCAAAAAGUGAAAAAGAGCCAGGUUAUAUGCUGGUUACCUUUAUGUAUUAUUGAUGAAAGCACAAGGUGCAAAAUUGAGGGAACUAAUACCCUGUUGGGGGUGAUUUAUAUAUUAGUGAGUGGAUAAAGUGCAUGAGAAGUGGAUUGUUGAAAUAAAGAGCUGUGGUAUGUAUCAUUAUAUCAAGAUGUUUCAUUGUUUAUAAUAUUAAAUACUAUACUAAUAUGUUUUUGAACAGUAUAUAUAAUAUUUAUAUUAUAAAUAUUUAUGCUGAUCUAUUUUUGGAAAACUCACAUUUUUUUAUACUUUUGUACCUGUUGGGUUGUUAUUCAUAUAAAUAAAAGCUUAAAUUGCUUGCUAU